AUGCGCGCCGGGGCGGAGCUCGACCCGUCGCGGCAGGCGGCGUAUCUCUUCCGCUUCUACCAGACGAUGCUGCACGAGCAGCGCAACGCGGUGGAUUUCGGCGACCUGGAGCAGAUGUUCCUCGACGCGCUGCGCCCGGUCAAGCAGCAGCAGCAGCAGCAGGAGGAGAAGAAGGCUGUCACUCCUACCGCUGGCAUUCACAAUGACAGUGACGGUAAGAAGAACGCAAGCAACGGCAGUAGCGCAGGUGGCAUGAGUUCUGCGCCGCUGCCUUUCCUUCCGUCACCAGUGGCGAUGCAGCUGCGGGCGCAAUACACGCACAUCGUGGUGGACGAGUUCCAGGACCUGAACGAGGUGCAGCUGGAGUGCCUCGCGCUCCUCGCUGGCGACUCGUGUCGUGUGACGUGUGUGGGUGAUCCAAAUCAAUGCAUCUACACUUGGAGAGGGGCAACGACCAACAGCUUCGAGCGGUGGCGCAGCCGCUUCCCACAAACGAAGCUUGUACAGCUAGAGACGAAUUACCGCAGCUCCGCGGAGAUCGUGGGCGCCGUCAAUGAGGUGACACGCCUCUCGCAGAAGAGCUUCAAGGGGCACUGUGGCCGCCGCAUCACGCUUGUGCAGUGCCAACACGCGAGUGAGCAGCUGCAGCUACUGCCACGUGUCGUGGAGGACCUCCUGCGCUCCCGAGACUCUACGUUGAGGUACGGCGACAUCGCCAUUCUCUGCCGCACGCGUCGCACUGUGCGGGACGUUGUUGCGGCGCUUGAUCGGGAUCAGCUUCCGGUCUGCGAGCUGCGCCGCAGCACCCCGAACAGCACCGCGUCGGUGCGUGCAAUGCUGUCGUACCUGCGUCUCUGCGUUCACCCGCACUCCAACCUUGACGUGGAGUGCGUCAUCCGCGACGCACCGAACCACUUCACUGCGGCGGCCGCAACGAAGUUUGUCUUUGCGCUGCAGGCGGAGUGUCUGCAGCGGCGGCGGCAGCUUGGCACGGCAGAGCUCCAGCGCGAGGACAGCCACGCGGCGUACUCGUACUACACGAUCCUGCGGGAGUUGGUGCACAACGGCUUCGCCCACGUGCACGAACGCCUGCGCACGACGAAGCAGCAGCAGAAGUUUCUGCGUGUCCUCAUAGAAGUCACCACCGCAGCGCACGACGCCCUCGGACGUGUGUACUGCGACGUGGAAGACGUAGUGCGCGGCGUCGCGGAGCGUGCCGGUUUUGAUGAAGGCGGCGCGAGAGGGGUGCGAAUAUCUCGGCACGCGUCUGGUGGCACGAAGCGGCCACGUUCAUCUGGCUCCUGUGGGUUUUCUGCUGGGCCGACGUUGCGUCGUCACUCGGCUGCGACGUGGGACGAGAUGGGCGGCGGCGACGAUGACGAUGAUAGCACCAGCGAGGCGGCUGACGGCAUGUCAAUCCCGCAGCUGCUUGUUGAGGCGUGCGGUGCGGUGCAGAAGCAGGUGCUGGCGGAGAAGUGCGCUGCCGCUGGCGAGGACAGUGGCAGCGAGAAGAACGACGGUGACGACAAUAACCUCAGCAUUAGCAGUACCAGCAACGGCAUUGGCGUGCGGGAUGCAGCGGAAAUUGGGGUGGCGGUUACCGACGUGAAGGAUGACGCCUAUACGAUUGUGCAGCGUGUUAUUGACGAGUUCCUCGCACUUCUCCCGACCGAUGACUUUGGGCCGCUGCAGGGUAGCGUGAAGGCGGAGCGGCGCCCUGCAUCCAUCACCGUGACGACGGUGCACCAGGCAAAGGGAAAAGAAUGGCCUGCCGUUAUUGUGCCUUGUUGUUAUGAGGGCGAGUUCCCCAUAGACGCACGGAGCGCGGAAGAGAAGCGGGUGUUUUACGUCGCGAUGAGUAGGGCUAUGCGGGACCUUGUGUUCAUGACAGCGGAGCGAGGGCCAUCUGCCACGCGCAGCUACGAAUGCAGCGGCGGUGGGGAGGAGCAGCCGCUGCACAUGACGCCGUACCUGCGCCCUAUUCUGCCGCUCAUGGAGACGGUGAAUAUGUCUUGUCACGAGCAGCAGCAAUAG